AUAAAGUAAAAUCUCCGAGAUAACAGAUUGUACAAAGCCAAUUAUUUUAAGUAUAUAUAAAUAUAUAUGCAUGUAUCUCGUCCAAAUUUUAUAAACAUAGGUUUGCAUGCAUGGCAAGGGUCAGAGUGGUACGGUCAAAUGGCUAAUAUCAGAAACCCGCCAUGCGAAAUCCGUCAAAUGAUCAGAGACAACCAUAUUACCAUCCCAGCCGUUGAUGCAGAAAUAACACACCCCGCGCAAGAAUAGCAUCUGUAGCGCAGAAAUUGCCGGCGUCUGACUUGCAUGGACGCCACCCUAUAAAAGGUCAUCUUUGCAUCUGCAUGGAGAAACAGGCUUCUUCUUUCCAGCCCCCCUCCCCUCCUCUUCCCGCAAGGUCAUAACCCAUCUUCCUCGCCGUAUUGCGAUUCGAUCUUUCACGGCUCCGUCCGGAACCAUUUCUCUUCUGGAGAACCAACAGAACAGUUCCAAGGAAUUUGCUCCCACAAGCUGCAGCGCCGAGACAAUCCGGUCGUCGCUGUUGAGGACCGGCUAUGCUCCCCGACGACGAUUGCAUCACCGAGGGGAUCUCAAGCCCCAUAGCUGCUCACAUACUUGAUUUCUGUGAUGACGGCCUGGGUGAUAACCUCCUUGCUGCAGUGACCUCUACCUCCGGCCCGUUUGCUGCCUCCUCUGAGGAUGUUUCAUCCUCCUCCACUGCCACCCCUCCUCUCUGCAGCUACAGCGAUGACAUCCCAGAAAUGCCCUUCUCCCCGUUACCCUGCUUUGACUCUACUCUCUCAGCCCUACUCGAGGAAGAGCAAAACGCGUGCCCUGAAACCGAGCUCAUUCCCCCGAUCAACGAGACACUUGCAGCACCAGGAUACUAUCAAGCUGCGGCCGGAGAGGCCAGCAUAGAGCAAUUCGGCCAAUCACGGCUUCCCCAGAGUUCUGAUCCCUUGCUGGCAAUGCAAAUGAGCAGCACUGCACCUAUCUCUAUGCCUCUUGCUCCAGGGUGUGAUGAAGAGUGCCUCACGGCGGCACUAGCCAGAGGGUACAUGAGCCUGGAUGGUGCCCUGUAUCCGCAAACAGGAGCAAUGAUCCCGAGUUACAACACAGAGGCAUCAAAAGUAGGAUUCUUCAAUGGUAAUAGUGCUAAUAGCAAUGGUAUGGUGGUGUUAGAUAUGAGUGACAUCGGUGAGUAUCAGAGGAUGAUGGAAGGUGAAGGACUGACCAGAACAUAUAGCGACACAGAUUCCAUGAAGGGGGCUUACAGCAACACUGCAGAGAUGCAGAAUGGGGGGAACAACCAAGACCUGAUAAAUGGAUGCAACGGAAGCCCACCAACAUUACCUCCAACAGAAACCUCAGGCUUAGAAGAUUCCACCUUCAAAGUUGUGCGUCUUUCAGCUGAACAGAGGAAGGAAAAGAUCCACAGGUACAUAAAGAAAAGGAAUGAGAGGAACUUCAGCAAGAAAAUAAAGUAUGCUUGCAGAAAAACUUUAGCAGAUAGCAGGCCCCGGGUCCGUGGAAGGUUUGCAAAGAACGAUGAACUUUGUGAAGCAACAAGAUCAAGCUCCCAAAAUCAUGAACAGUACGGACAGAUUGCGGGUGCAGAUGGAGAAAACAUGCUUGACUCGUCCGAUAUUCUGGCACAUUUGAGUGGGAUAAACAACUACAGCUAUAAGUAUAAUUGUACCAUUGAAUCAUGGAUAUGACUACCACACCUGCACAAACUGAAGUCUGUGUUCUGCUUUCAGUUAUGCAACCAUAAUCCAUAGUUUCCCCUUGAUCCUAGUAAAAUAAGGCUACAGCUUUACAGGUUCUGUCACAGGAGAAGUGCUUUUAGUUCAAGUUAUUGUAGACUUGGUGUAUUGUAUCAAUCUGUUCUCGCCUUUUGCCGUUCUUAACAGUGAGUGUGUUAGUUAGAGUCUCCAGAGCAGUGAUUUGUAAAAAUAGAAUUGUGUCCUUGUCAUAAUAAACAGUAUCAAGAGUUACCCAAACUAUUCGCCAUUCUAAGGUCUCCCCACUUGGUGUACAUAAUAACAGUAUUCACGGG